UGCUCCACAUGAUAAUGGAGGAAAAUACAUAUAACAUGGGAACUGAAUAACAGAACUGAACGUAACUGGUUACCACUUGAUUGUGGAAGUUUUGACCUGAUUAGUGGACAUAGUAUGGAUCGAUAUAUAAAUUUAAACAAUUCCACAACAUACAUGACAUAAAGGAUUUUAAAAUAUACCAUUCCGCACGUGUUUACAGUUGAGCUGCUUCCUCCCUUAUUGGACCUCAUUUAGUGAACAAAAUAAUAUUGCAUCAGCAGCAGCUGUUACGUAGUGGAAAAAGUUACUCUCAAGCAUAACCAAGAAUGUUGAGUAAAUUAGUAAGACAGCCAUUGGCAUGUGCAGUCAGACAGGUGUGUGCACAGGGAUCAGGUGUCAGAACAAUUGCCACACAGACUAAAAAGUCAGAGGAAGUGUUUAAAAGAGAGGACAAGUUUGGUGCUCAUAAUUAUCAUCCCUUACCAGUAGCUCUGGAAAAGGGAGAAGGUUGUUUUGUAUGGGAUGUAGAAGGCAACCGAUACUUUGACUACCUUAGUGCAUAUAGUGCAUGUAACCAAGGACAUUGUCAUCCAAAGAUUGUCAAGGCAUUAAAUGACCAAGCAUCCAAGUUGACCUUGACUUCAAGAGCAUUCUACAAUGAUGUGUUGGGAGAAUUUGAGGAAUAUAUCACAAAAAUGUUCAAAUAUGAUAAAGUUCUUCCAAUGAAUACAGGUGUAGAAGGAGGAGAAACAGCCUGUAAAUUAGCCAGGAAGUGGGCUUAUAAUGUGAAGAAAGUUCCAGAUAACCAAGCCAAGAUUGUGUUUGCUGCUGGUAAUUUCUGGGGUCGUACCCUAGCUGCAAUCUCAUCAUCUACAGACCCUUCAAGCUACUCUGGCUUUGGACCAUACAUGCCAGGAUUUAGCAUGGUACCAUAUGAUGAUUUAGGUUCUCUUGAGAGAGAAUUCCAAGAUCCCAAUGUAUGUGCCUUUAUGGUUGAGCCUAUCCAGGGAGAAGCUGGUGUUGUUGUUCCAUCUGAGGGGUACCUGAAAGGGGUUAGAGAUCUGUGUACCAAAUAUAAUGUUCUAUGGAUUGCUGAUGAGGUUCAGACAGGUUUAUGUAGAACAGGAAAAAUGUUAUGUGUAGAACACAGUGGUGUAAGACCAGACAUGUUAGUAUUAGGCAAAGCUUUAUCUGGAGGUAUAUUUCCUGUCUCAGCAGUAUUAGCAGAUGAUGAAGUGAUGUUAACAAUAAAACCAGGAGAACAUGGAUCUACUUAUGGAGGAAAUCCUCUAGGGUGUAAAGUAGCAAUAGCUUCAUUAGAGGUUUUACUUGAGGAGAAACUAGCAGAUAAUGCAGCCAAACUUGGAGAAAUGCUAAGAAAAGAAUUAAACACACUUCCUAAAGAAGUUGUCAAGGUUGUAAGAGGAAAAGGAUUAUUGAAUGCUAUUGUAAUAAGUGAAAGGUUUGAUGCAUGGGAAGUAUGUAUGAGACUAAGAGACAAUGGAUUACUAGCUAAACCUACCCAUGGUGACAUCAUUAGAUUUGCCCCACCCCUUGUAAUGAACGAAGAACAGUUAAUGGAAUCAGUGAACAUUAUAAAAUCUACAGUGAUGUCUUUUAAUUAGAACACUUUAUUUAUAGUGAUUUUGAUUGUUAUUGAAAAAAAAAAUUACUUAUGGACUCCUUUUGAUUCAAACAAGAAAUGUUGCCAAUAUUUGGCAGCAUUGAAUAACUUGAA